GACAAAUCGGGACCGAAUCACUUCAGAUUCGAUCCGAUUCACACACCCACAUUUCGAUACCCUGGUGAUCUUGGCCAGAGUUACAACAUCGGAAUCGAUCACACCCCCUUACAAACUCACAAACUCACACCCUCAGAGUAACUCACACCCAUGAACGCCGCCGUGUGUGUGGUGGUCACAGUGCCCACCGAAGCGGAGGAGCUGCGCCUGAACAGCUGCUGCCUCAGCUGCGGUGGCUCGCUGAAGGGCAAACCCCUGGGGCAGCUGCCCCAAUGCGAGCGCUGCCAUCGCCUGGACCAGAUGGCCGGCGAGGCCCUGACCAUUCCGCCGCCGGAUCGCCAGAGCAGGGCCCUGCAGCUGCGCGACCUCAGGCAGGACGCCAGCCUGGAGCAACUGCUGCGGGCCAUUGCCGAGGAGCUGCGGCUGGAGGAUGUUUUCUGGUCGCAGGACGUGGCCGGCAGGCAGCUCCAGGCCCGCUUCGAUCUGCCCCAGGACGAGCGGUACGAGCGUCUGCUCUGCACGCUCCAGGAUUGGGGCGUUGGCGAGCGCCCCGGCACCCAUGUGUCCGAGACCCGCACCCAAACUCGAACCCGAACCCGUAUCCGUACCAAGCCCCCCCAUCCCGACCAGCAUUGCCCGCCGCAGCAGCAGGAGCAGCAGCAGCAGCAGGCCCAGGGAUGGCAGAGUUUUAUGGAUUCGGUGCGCUGCCGACUGAAUGUGAACCAGGUGGUGCGGCAGGUGCGUCGCGAUGCCACCCUGACCUUUGACUUUGUGGUGCUCCUGUUGGCCGCCGCCCUGCUCUCGUGCGUGGGCCUGGUGGAGAACAGCUUCCUGUUCCUGUCCAGCUCCAUGCUGAUCUCACCGCUGAUGGGGCCCAUCAUAGCGGCCAUCUUCGGUUCGGUGAUCGGCGAUCGGGAGCUGCAAUGGCUGGGUCUGCGGAACGAGCUGCUCGGCAUCGCCGUCUCCGUGCUCAUUGGCUUCGUGUUCGGAGCGCUGGUCUGUGGCUUUGGCCACUUCUUUGCCAUCUCCGCCGGCCUCACCGAGGAGAUUGUCUCGCGCUGCGACACCCAUUCGCUGGCCAUUGGCGUCUGCACGGCCUUGGCCUCGGGAGCAGCCGGCGCCAUAGCCGUGCUGGGCGGCAAUACGGGCUCCCUGGUGGGCGUGGCCAUUUCGGCCUCCCUCCUGCCGCCGGCCGUCAAUGCUGGACUGCUGUGGGCUUUGGCCAUCGGCUGCCAUUGGCUGGCCACGGACAACGAGCUGCUGGUGAGCCUGCAGAGGCACAGCACGUACUCGACGAGGCUACCGAUGGAGCUACUGAUCUGUGCGGCCGUGAGCAUGGCCCUCACACUGCUGAACAUCGUGUGCGUCUGGCUGAUGGGCGUGGUGGUGCUGCGGAUCAAGGAAGUGGCGCCGGCGGUGGAGCGGCACCAGCAGUUCUGGCGCCACGACGUUCGCACCGCCCGCGAGGUGGCGCUGCUGGAUCCCGACCUGCAGGAGGCCAUCGAUCGGCUGGACGAGGGUUCCCAGUUGGGCCUGGCACGGCAGGCAGCCUCCGCCACCGGACUAAACGGCUCCGCGGAUUUGGAUUUGGAUUUGGACUUGGGCUUGGGUGGCUCUACUAGAGAGCAGGCGGAUAACUAUCACACGGUGCACGGGUUCAAGGAGUUCUGCAUCACGCUGCAUCGCCUCAAGUCGGCGCCCAAGGAAGCUCAGCUGCCCAGGGUGGUGGAGCUGUUUGCCAGGGGCCCGGAGCCGCAUUUCGGCCAGACCGGCACCACCACGGCAACCAACACGGCAACCACCACGGCAAACACCACCAACAUCGCCGUAGGCAGUGGCUUAAGCAGCUGCCGCAGUCUGCCGGACAUUGGCAGCCUGUCCCGGCGGUGGCCACAGAGGCCAGCCAGUGCGCUGAGCAUCCACAGUGUCCGCUCCAGUCCGACCAGCAAUGGACCGGUAUGCACGAAGAGGGAGCGCCGUGUCCAUUGGCGCGAGGAGCAGCUGGAGCGGGACAUCCUGAGCGGCAGGGAGGGCAGUCCGCUGCGGAGGACCGGCCAGGUGCUGAUACCGCUGCCCAGCUUGGAGCAGCCGGACCGACCGCUGCAGCUGUUGCCCUACAAGAGGUCAGAGGUCACGGCGCAGCAGGACGAGUUCCAGGCCUAGCCCUCAAGCUGCCAGCCACUAGAAACUGCUAACAACCAUCAACCAUCAACCGCCAAAGAGCAGCGCAAACAUCCAGGACGACUGCCUCGAGCUUCGUGUCCAGCUUUGAUUACUUGCCGAUCCGGCGGCCAUGUCCGUGUUUGCCCACCACUCGAAACCGCCAGCAUUGGCGGUCACGAAGCGGGGAAAAACCAUAUAACAACUAGAAAAAAAGGCAAGAAAAAAUGUAUACACACACUGAAAAAAAAGAACGUUGUAAGUCCAAGCAUAUCCAAUUAAAAAAUCUUUCGCUUUGAUUCUAAUUCUUUGCGGAGUUUAGGUAUUUCAAAUAUGGAAAUAUUAAUUA